GAGAGAGAGAUGCUGUUGCCAGGAAACAGUGGGCAUAGAGGACCAUUCACAGCAGUUCAUGGAGUAAAAACAAAGGGAGACUUGAUAUGUAGGUGGUGUUUUUAGUAUAAACAGGCAGAUAUGAACAGGACGGUUAUCCCAGCAUGGACUGGAUUAAACCAACAUGAGCAGAGAGGAAAGUACAGUAUAACUACUGAAGAGGAAUUGGCGCUGAUGUACACGCUAUUAUGGGAUGGAGAGAUGAGAGAUUCUCAUAAUUUAGAGAUUGAGAUUUAGAGUCUAGACAGAAAUACAUGGGCAGAGUAGACAACCAGAAACAGUCAUCAUGAUAACAACACUGAUUCCUUCAAAUUGAAAGGGUAGGGUGGAGCUCUAAAGGAGCCUGUCACUUCAGUCUUCAGGGCCAGUCUCUUUCACACCCUCCUUCCCUAACAGAAGUGGAGGGAGACAGGGGGGGAACAAAGCUGCCCCCUGUAUUCAGACACCUGCUGCUGCUGCCUGACACGGGACGACGAGGGGGGCGACUCACUAGACCCAUGCAUUGACCCUGGUCUGAAGGAUUUCAAUUCCUAGCUGUCCAAUCUCUACAUCAGUAAAUAAGGAGGGAGGACGCAAAGGAGGGACGAACAGCAGUGAUUCAAGGGAUCUUUUACUGCCCAUGCUCCUCCCCUCCCUUCCAUGGGAUGGGCACCACAGAGGCGACACUACGAAUGGAUAACAUGGAAUGUAAAGAUGAGUGGCAGGAUGAAGACUUCCCCAGACCACUUCCUGAGGACGGUGACAUGGAGUCUUCCUGUGGUCUCACCGAUGACCGAGCCUCUCCCCCCAACUCUCUGAAUGUUAAUGCAGUUGGAGGAGGCGGAAGUGGAGGAGGGUCCACCCAUCGUAAGCGGCGUACAUUAGUGGCCCCGGACAUGAACCUGUCCCUGGACCACAGCGAGGGUUCCCUGCUGUCUGACGACUUCUUGGAUACGCCCGACGACCUGGACAUCAAUGUGGACGACAUUGAGACCCCAGACGACAACGACUCCCUGGAGUUCAUCACCAACGGCAACGAGCUGGAAUGGGAAGAUGACACGCCAGUGGCCAACGCCAAAGCGGGGCCUGGUGACGGAGAAGAGGAGGAUGGUGCUGAUGGGACCGGGGGAAACGGGCGCCUGUGGAGGACGGUGAUCAUUGGGGAGCAGGAGCACCGCAUCGACAUGCAGGUCAUCAGGCCGUACCUCCGCGUCAUCACCCAUGGGGGUUACUAUGGCGAGGGUCUGAAUGCCAUCAUAGUGUUCUCAGCCUGCUACCUGCCCGACAGCAGCUGUGCAGAUUACCACUACAUCAUGGAGAACCUCUUCCUGUAUGUGGUCAGCAGUCUAGAAAUGCUGGUUGCUGAGGACUAUUUGAUCAUCUACAUGAAUGGAGCCACACCACGGGGCAAGAUGCCGGGCAUAGGAUGGCUGAAGAAAUGCUAUCAGAUGAUUGAUAGGAGGCUGAGGAAGAACCUGAAGUCUCUGGUCAUCGCCCACCCCACCUGGUUCAUCCGCACUGUGCUGGCCAUAUCUAGGCCUUUUAUCAGUGUGAAGUUUAUGAAUAAGAUUCAGUAUGUGCAUAGUCUGGAUGAGCUGGCAGAGAUAGUCCCCAUGGAACAUGUGCAGGUCCCGGAGUGUGUGGUGCAAUUUGAGGAGGAGAGGAUCAGAGUUCGGAAAGAAAGGAUGGAGCAGGAACAGCAGGAACAGCCAAACCCACACGCGUCUUCUUCAGCCAAGGCAGAGAGGCCCAAGUCAAUGAUCACAGGGCAAGGAAUCUGAAAGGGACCUGCUCCUCUUUAUUCAUCUCAUACCAUGUUGUUGAAAGAAGUUUGGAGCAUGAAAACUGUGUUUAUAAGAAGAAACAUGAAGUCCAACAAGUCUAAGAAUACUUCCUAAUCUAUAAAUGUCAAGCUGAAGAUUUUUCCAUCAAGAUAUUAAACUCCCCAACACACUCCUCAGCGGUUCUUAGGUUGCCAACUGAUUCCGUCAGGACAUUCCAAGGAAUUGUCUGUUCUGGGGACUGUACAACUCCAUGUUACAUCAUUUUACGACCGCUGAAAGUAGUUACUUUUAAACGCCGCCCCCAGUCACCACCCUGGGUUUUGUAUCCAUUUCAAAAAUAGAUGACACUGCAAUAAUUUUGCCUAUGUCAAGAUUUAAGAAAAAAUAACAUGAAUAUUAUAGAAAAUGUUCCACCGGACAUAAAUGGUGUAAGGUGUCAGUGGCAGGCAGGUAACCAGACCUUUUACAGUUUUGUGUUGGAGGCUCUUGCAGAGACAAUGGUAGACUAGACUUGAGUAUGUAUUAACUACUGUAUACAGACAGUGUUGGAUGGUGUGUCCUAGGAGCUGCACCGAGGGCUCUGCCAGGCCUAGUUACUGAGAGGAAGAUAUGCCUUAGAGAAGAAGAGGGGAGGAGGAACAGAGAGUCAGGCAAUGCCCCUUAGUGCUCAGCAUUGGCGUGCUGUGGCAUCAUUUCACCCAUUAGCGCUAUGCUAGCCCUGGAACAUUUAGAUGUAGAUUGGAAUGCUUUGCGAGACAUCGGAUGCCUUCACCUUUGCUUCAUUUUGGCCUCAUAAUUUGUCCGAGUACAGGCUUUAUUUUUGAUGAACUGUUUUGCAUUAAUAAUUUGGAUGUCAUCAUGUUUCAUAUACCCAGAUUGGUCCGGGGAUCAUUCAGUGCCCAACUAACCAACCCAUGUACCUUACAUUCUGAUGUGCUUCAGGAUUCUUGUCUGUACAUUAAUAUGGGGGCCCACUGAAAGUAAGAACAAGAAAUGUGCUGGUUUGACUGUAAUGUCAAGAGGACUGCAUUUAAUUUCAGUUUUUCAGUCAUUGAUGUUGUGACUUAAUGGUAUCAUUUCUGUAUCAUGCUGUGUUGUGGGUGCAGUCAAAGCAUGCCAACAUGUUGUCAGCAUGUAAUGUACCUUCAGAUGUCCUAUUGGAUUAUGGACCAGUCGCCUAAUGGUCAAUCUUCUAUUGGAUACUUACCUACCGGGUGGUAGAGGGGAGGAAGUGUUAAGAGUUUUUAUUUUUGUAAAAAUUACAUACAUACAUACAUGUAUUGUAAGUGUUGUUUUGCACUAUAGAAUUUGAUUGUCAUUCAAUUGUGAGCAUAACAUCUAGAUGUGUAUAUUUGGGGACAGGUUGCCUUCCUAAUAUGUAACUCAAGAUGGAUUUUUGUGUGCUCUUCUCAUUUUUGUACAAGUAUACUGUAGUACAAUCAAUAUCAUGCAUUGUAUUUGUUGGUAACCUGUCAACCCGUCUAGACAAGUAUGAUAAUCAAAAAUGUCUCUUUCUGAAGUGCCAUCCAAAUUCAAAACGAUACCUUGAUAAAUAUAAAACAUAACAGAAGUCAUUUUCUGUGGACAGGUUUGUGGAUGGCGAUGGGCUAGACUAGAGGUGAUUGAUAUUCAAUGGACAAAGUAAGAAAAUGGCUUCCAAACAUUUGUAUACACAUAAUUGUAGUGUUACGUUAGAACAUUGGACAGAUUAAUUUGCCUUUGAUUUCUGGUAGAGAAAUACCCAUCCCAUCAAAAGGUAGGCUUAAACGUGGCACAGAAUUGCAGGAGUUUUUCUGCAGUCUCCCAACGCUGCUGGAGAGAGAGUGCCGUUUUCUAAGGGAUGUCAGCUCUUCUGAGUGCCUCUCCUUCUUUUCACCAAAUUCUACACAGAAAACUAUGAUAUGGAAUGUACAAUUCUAAAUUGACUACUGGGAUUCCCCCCCCCCCCCCCCAAUUUCUAGUGAACUGAUUUUGUUGACACAAGUGUAUUUUGUUUUGGUAAAAGGUUCUACAUGGAAAGCAACCCCUGAGUGUCCAGAAAUGUCUUUCAAUCAUAUUUUCAGUCUUUAAAAGCACAAUAUGUUAUUACACUGGAAGAUUUGGAAGAGAUCAGUGGGCAAUUUGUCGGCUGGAAUACUGUGUGUAGCUUAUUUUUCAAAACUGCAAAGCUUGAAAUGGGGUUGGGAUAUGUAGCUAUGUAGUUUGGAUGUCCUUCAGAUUGUGAUGUACAUUCUUCCAUGUAAAUACAAAGAAAUAAACUGUUCCACCCGACAAUCUC